CACUCGCCAAGAACUUCACGUACCUGAUUCUCUCCCUCCGGCUUUGAAAUUCAUCUCCACGUGAAAAUUGUCAGCGUGGAGAGGAAUCGGCAGUUCAACCGCGACAGCGACCGGCUUCAACCGGCUUAUUUAAUAUUAUUAUAUACACUUUCAUACAUUCCAGCUGUUCAUCAAAAAUCAAUUCCUUUAAAAGUGUCUUAUUUUUGUGGUUUUUAAAAAGAAAAAUCUUUUUUUUUUAAAAAAGGGAAACGUUCGACAAAAACGUAUCUUCGAAAAUUGUCAUAUUUUGUGAAUUUGUGAUUUGGUGCUACUUUUUCAGACUUUUACUCCGAAAAUAUUUUUUACACAAUGGCGAAUAUUGAGAAGGAAAUUGUCGAACUUCGCGACUAGGAGAAAAAAUCGAUUUAAGGAUUAAUUGUGAAGUUUUCGGUUUCCAUUUGCAUCGAAAAAUUAUAAAUCUGUUCAUUCAAUAUGGGUUUAGGCGAAAUUCAGGAGCAGAUGUAUUAUGCGACCUUGACGCCUGAGGAAAAGGCAAGGAUGCACCCUUGCCUUAAAACCAAAUGCGUUAUGGUAUCGGGAGACUCACCACCUCCGAUGACAACAUCAAUUCCACCUGGAUUCGAUAUUUCCGAGGAGAUGCGACCGGGAAAGACAACACCAACAAAUAUUCCUCUCACUCCACUGAAAUCGUAUAAAACAAAUGGAAAUGUGCCAAACGAGGAUAUUGAGGAGGCAGUGCCAAUUGUCAAAAGUCUCCCACUGCCAGAACCUCAGCCAAAAAUUGAGAAAAAUUGUUUCGAUUAUGAUCAAACCGAUGGCAAACAAUUAGUCGGCGACGUCGAGGAUGAUGCCUGUUUUGUUAAAUGUCUCUAUUUUACACAGCAGUGUUGCGAGUGUACGAUACUUUAAAAAAAAAGGUCUAAAAAGAAAAGAGUUAAAUUAUAUCCUGAAAAGAAUUCAAUCAUAUCAGCCUCAGGACGUGAACUGUCGCCAUUUUUUUUUUUUUAAUUUUUUAUUAGGUAUAUAUAAAUAUUUAUCUAACUGUAUAUAAAAAGAAAGCAAUUGUGAAUAAAUACACACAGCAACUGUGAUUCAGCAAAUUUUUGAGAUUUGGACUCAAAACAAUGUUUUUUCAAUCAAUGUAAAGAAAAAAGGAAUCUUCGAUUAAAUAUUUAUUUUCAUAUUUUUCAUGUGAAAUCAAAAAAUUAUCUACGAAUAAUUUAUUAAAUUUUAGAAAACGAAAAUAAUUCUAUUACGAUAAUAUUUAGAUCAUAGUUUUUUAAUCUAUUGUAUAUAUUCUUAGAUAUAUAUUAUGUCGUCGAGAAAAAAUUAUUUCAAUUUCAUUUUGAAAAAAAAUUCAAGUGAUUUUUUUGCGAAAAUGGGACCAGAUUUAUUUUUAAGAUUAAGAAGGAACGUCUAAAAUUUUUAGACAAUAAAAAAAAGUGAUUUCAUAUUAUAUUUGCAUAAAAUUAGAUUUAUUACAAAUAAACAAAAAAAAAAAAUUGUAUACGGAUAACAAAUCUAAAACGAUUUGAUACUCAGAUGUUUUACACAUUCAUUUUUUUUAUCAAAUAGUUAUUUUUUUUUUUUUUGUAAAAUGUACAGAUGGAAUUAAUUAAAGUGCAAUUUGUUUUACA